AUGGUCAAAGCCAAGGUCGCUUCCACCACUACCACGCCCACCACAGCCAGGGACGACAGGACCUCCACCAAGCGGCUAGUCUGGCCAGCGUUCAUCCCGCCGGAUCUCCCACUCGAACUGACCGCCGUACUCCCCUCGAUCCUCAUCAUCGAUUCCUUCCUCGACCCCGCCUCGAUCAAGCGAUGGCACGCAUUCCUCCCUUCUCUCCCACUCGCACCUUCACCACCUCAGAAACGCGGGGAAGCCUAUCGCACGAACGAUCGCUUCUCCAAAGACGACCCAGACUUUGCGCACAACCUAUGGACGAGGACGGGGCUCAAAGAGAUUUGUCAGAAGGAGAUUGCUUCGAGUAGACCUGCCCACAUUCCUAUGGGACUGAGUUCCAAUAUUCGCGUCUACAAGUACGGCCCCGAUGCCGAGUUUGGUCGUCAGUUCCGUCUGCACUUCCGAGUUCUCGAACAGUGCACAUCGAUAGCUGACUGGGCUACUCGCUCUUGCAGCUCACUACGAUGAUGACUCGAUAGAUUCCCGGACAGGAUGGAGGAGCGAAUGGACGCUAUUGAUCUACCUCUCCGGUCGGGAGGAUGGCGUCGUUGGUACGUUCUUUGUUGGUUUGUUGGGGGCAAAAUCAAAUUCCUCGGACGAGAAAGACUUCUCUAAUGUCAUCCUUGAUCAUCGGCUUCCAGGAGGAGAAACAAGCUUUUACCCCAAUCCAUCACGCAAAGGCAAUGGUCAGGAACUCAAAGUCGAUUUGAAGCGCGGGAGAGCGUUGCUGCACAAGCAUGGAAGAGACUGCAUGCUUCACUCAGGGGUCAGUUGGCCGUGCGCAUGUCGACCAUUUUGAGAUGUCACAGAAUGGGUCACUGACUGGUCCUGUUCCUCGAUGUUUAGCUCAAAGUACAGCAAGGGGUCAAGUGGGUCUUGAGAAGCGAUGUGCUCUUCGGCGCAACCUCAGCGGCGGCAUAA